AUGUCGCUCUUCAAAAUCCCUCUAUUACUCUUGAAUGCCGGGGGUCUUCUAGUGUCGCACGCAUUCUCGUUUCCGCCUCCUCCGGUGGUCGAAGUGCGAUAUCCCAGAAGAAAGUCCGAGCGAUUCUUGCACGCGGCCCUUCCAGCCAUUACACUGUUCACGCCGGCCAUCUUCUUGUUGGAAACCAUCGUCAUCGUUCUCAACCAAAUCAGAGGACCACCCCGUCGACUGGCCUCCGUCCUGAUACUUUCUAGCACCCCCGAAAGCCUCCACACCAGCACUGCCUUCGUCUUGGGCACUCUGAUCAUAUGUAUGGCAGCUAUACUGCGCUACGCAUGCCAGAAAGACUUGGGUCGCCUUUACACUAAUGAACUCACCAUCCGGACGAACCACAAACUCAUCGUGAAUGGGCGGUACAGCUUCGUUCGUCACCCAGGCUAUACCUCGUGGUUAAUUACCGAACUCGGGUUGCUCAUAGUCUUCUCAGCACGAGGAUCGUGGAUCACUGAAAGUGGGGUUUUGGAUAUGGGGAUUGGGAAGACUGUAGCGGGGCUCUAUCUGUUGGUUUUUGCGAUGGCUGAUACGUUAUUGUUGGUGAAAAGAAUACCGAGGGAAGAAGGAUUGUUGAAGAAGGAGUUUGGGAAAGAUUGGAGUGAUUAUAAGAGACGGGUACCUUGGAAGCUGAUUCCCGGAGGGUAUUAA